AUGGACUGUGAGUUGAGUAACGUAGAGGGAAAACAGAGUAUUGGACUGUGAGUUGAGCUAACUGUAGAGGAAAACAGAGUAUUGGAUGUGAGUGGUCUAACUGUAGAGGGAAACAGAGUAUUGGACUGUGAGCUGGUCUAACUGUAGUGGAAAACAGAGUAUUGGAUGUGAGUUGAGCUACUGUAGGAGGAAACAGAGUAUUGGACUGUGAGUUGGUCUAACUGUAGGGGAAACAGAGUAUUGGACUAUUCUUUGUGAGCUGGUCUAACUGUAGAGGAAACAGAGUAUUGGACUGUGAGUUGAGCUAACUGUAGUGGAAACAGAGUAUUGGACUGUGAGCUGGUUAAUGUAGAGGAAACAGAGUAUUGGACUAUUAUUUGUGAGCUGGUCUAACUGUAGAGGAAACAGAGUAUUGGACUGUGAGCUGGUCUAACUGUAGAGGAAACAGAGUAUUGGACUAUUCUUUGUGAGCUGGUCUAACUGUAGGGGAAACAGAGUAUUGGACUAUUCUUUGUGAGCUGGUCUAACUGUAGGGGAAACAGAGUAUUGGACUAUUCUUUGUGAGCUGGUCUAACUGUAGGGGAAACAGAGUAUUGGACUAUUCUUUGUGAGCUGGUCUAACUGUAGAGGAAACAGAGUAUUGGACUAUUAUUUGUGAGCUGGUCUAACUGUAGGGGAAACAGAGGUAUGGACUGUGAGAGUAUUGGAGUGAGUUGGUCUAACUGUGAGGAGGAAAACAGAGUAUUGGACAUGUGAGUGGUCUAACUGUAGGGAAACAGAGUAUUGGACUAUUUUUGUGAGCUGGUCUAACUGUAGAGGAAACAGAGUAUUGGACUGUGAGCUGGUCUAACUGUAGGGGAAAACGAGUAUUGGACUGUGAGUUGGUCUAACUGUAGAGGAAACAGAGUAUUGGACUGUGAGUUGGUCUAACUGUAGAGGAAACAGAGUAUUGGACUGUGAGCUGGUCUAACUGUAGAGGAAACAGAGUAUUGGACUGUGAGCUGGUCUAACUGUAGGGAAACAGAGUAUUGGACUGUGAGUUGGUCUAACUGUAGAGGAAACAGAGUAUUGGACUGUGAGUGGUCUAACUGUAGGGAAACAGAGUAUUGGACUGUGAGUUGGUCUAACUGUAGAGGAAACAGAGUAUUGGAACUGUGAGCUGGUCUAACUGUGAGGAAACAGAGUAUUGGACUGUGAGCUGGUCUAACUGUAGAGGAAACAGAGUAUUGGAUCUGUGAGCUGGUCUAAACUGUCGGGGAAAACAGAGUAAUUGAACUCAUUCUUUGUGAGCUGGUCUAACUGUAGGGGAAACGAGUAUUGGACUAUUCUUUGUGAGCUGGUCAACGUAGGGGAAAACAGAGUAUUGGACUAUUCUUUUGUGAGCUGGUCUAACUGUAGAGGAAACAGAGUAUUGGACUGUGAGCUGGUCUAACUGUAGGGGAAACAGAGUAUUGGACUGUGAGUUGGUCUAACUGUAGAGGAAACAGAGUAUUGGACUGUGAGCUGGUCUAACUGUAGAGGAAACAGAGUAUUGGACUGUGAGCUGGUCAACGUAGAGGAAACAGAGUAUUGGACUGUGAGUGAGUCUAACGUAGGGGAAACGAAGUAUUGGAACUGUGGAGUUGAGCUAACUGUAGAGGAAAACAGAGUAUUGGACUGUGAGUUGAGCUAACUGUAGAGGAAACAGAGAUUGGACUGUUAGUUGGUCUAACUGUAGAGGAAACAGAGUAUUGGACUGUGAGCUGGUCUAACUGUAGUGGAAACAGAGUAUUGGACUGUGAGUUGAGCUAACUGUAGAGGAAACAGAGUAUUGGACUGUGAGUUGGUCUAACUGUAGGGGAAACAGAGUAUUGGACUAUUCUUUGUGAGCUGGUCUAACUGUAGAGGAAACAGAGUAUUGGACUGUGAGUUGAGCUAACUGUAGUGGAAACAGAGUAUUGGACUGUGAGCUGGUCUAACUGUAGAGGAAACAGAGUAUUGGACUAUUAUUUGUGAGCUGGUCUAACUGUAGAGGAAACAGAGUAUUGGACUGUGAGCUGGUCUAACUGUAGAGGAAACAGAGUAUUGGACUAUUAUUUGUGAGUUGGUCUAACUGUAGAGGAAACAGAGUAUUGGACUAUUCUUUGUGAGCUGGUCUAACUGUAGAGGAAACAGAGUAUUGGACUAUUCUUUGUGAGCUGGUCUAACUGUAGGGGAAACAGAGUAUUGGACUAUUCUUUGUGAGCUGGUCUAACUGUAGGGGAAACAGAGUAUUGGACUAUUCUUUGUGAGCUGGUCUAACUGUAGAGGAAACAGAGUAUUGGACUAUUAUUUGUGAGCUGGUCUAACUGUAGGGGAAACAGAGUAUUGGACUGUGAGCUGGUCUAACUGUAGGGGAAACAGAGUAUUGGACUGUGAGUUGAGCUAACUGUAGAGGAAACAGAGUAUUGGACUAUUAUUUGUGAGCUGGUCUAACUGUAGAGGAAACAGAGUAUUGGACUGUGAGCUGGUCUAACUGUAGGGGAAACAGAGUAUUGGACUGUGAGUUGAGCUAACUGUAGAGGAAACAGAGUAUUGGACUGUGAGUUGAGCUAACUGUAGAGGAAACAGAGUAUUGGACUGUGAGUUGGUCUAACUGUAGAGGAAACAGAGUAUUGGACUGUGAGCUGGUCUAACUGUAGUGGAAACAGAGUAUUGGACUGUGAGUUGAGCUAACUGUAGAGGAAACAGAGUAUUGGACUGUGAGUUGGUCUAACUGUAGAGGAAACAGAGUAUUGGACUAUUAUUUGUGAGCUGGUCUAACUGUAGAGGAAACAGAGUAUUGGACUAUUCUUUGUGAGCUGGUCUAACUGUAGAGGAAACAGAGUAUUGGACUAUUCUUUGUGAGCUGGUCUAACUGUAGGGGAAACAGAGUAUUGGACUAUUCUUUGUGAGCUGGUCUAACUGUAGGGGAAACAGAGUAUUGGACUGUGAGUUGGUCUAACUGUAGAGGAAACAGAGUAUUGGACUAUUAUUUGUGAGCUGGUCUAACUGUAGGGGAAACAGAGUAUUGGACUAUUCUUUGUGAGCUGGUCUAACUGUAGGGGAAACAGAGUAUUGGACUAUUCUUUGUGAGCUGGUCUAACUGUAGGGGAAACAGAGUAUUGGACUAUUCUUUGUGAGCUGGUCUAACUGUAGGGGAAACAGAGUAUUGGACUGUGAGUUGAGCUAACUGUAGAGGAAACAGAGUAUUGGACUGUGAGCUGGUCUAACUGUAGAGGAAACAGAGUAUUGGACUGUGAGCUGGUCUAACUGUAGAGGAAACAGAGUAUUGGACUGUGAGCUGGUCUAACUGUAGGGGAAACAGAGUAUUGGACUGUGAGUUGAGCUAACUGUAGAGGAAACAGAGUAUUGGACUGUGAGUUGAGCUAACUGUAGAGGAAACAGAGUAUUGGACUGUGAGUUGGUCUAACUGUAGAGGAAACAGAGUAUUGGACUGUGAGCUGGUCUAACUGUAGUGGAAACAGAGUAUUGGACUGUGAGUUGAGCUAACUGUAGAGGAAACAGAGUAUUGGACUGUGAGUUGGUCUAACUGUAGAGGAAACAGAGUAUUGGACUGUGAGCUGGUCUAACUGUAGUGGAAACAGAGUAUUGGACUGUGAGCUGGUCUAACUGUAGAGGAAACAGAGUAUUGGACUAUUCUUUGUGAGCUGGUCUAACUGUAGGGGAAACAGAGUAUUGGACUGUGAGCUGGUCUAACUGUAGGGGAAACAGAGUAUUGGACUAUUCUUUGUGAGUUGGUCUAACUGUAGGGGAAACAGAGUAUUGGACUAUUCUUUGUGAUUUGGUCUAACUGUAGGGGAAACAGAGUAUUGGACUAUUCUUUGUGAGCUGGUCUAACUGUAGGGGAAACAGAGUAUUGGACUAUUCUUUGUGAGCUGGUCUAACUGUAGGGGAAACAGAGUAUUGGACUGUGAGUUGGUCUAACUGUAGAGGAAACAGAGUAUUGGACUAUUCUUUGUGAGCUGGUCUAACUGUAGGGGAAACAGAGUAUUGGACUGUGAGUUGGUCUAACUGUAGAGGAAACAGAGUAUGUCUGUACAGGAUAAUGUGAGGACAAUGCAGUGUGCUGUAUAACUGGACUACAGUAGCUAGCUAGGGGCUAUGAAGUCAUCUUGUAGUCAUCUACCCAGGCUUCAGCCCAGGCUCCCCUCACAAUGGACUCAGUCAAUGUCUGCUGCUGGAGCCCUGAGCUAAUGUUUCCUUAACAACAGAUACACACACACACACACACACACACACACACACACACACACACACACACACACACACACACACACACACACACACACACACACUCUGCUCUGUCACUCAAACCAGCUCAUCCAAUCAAAACUCUAUCCCUCACCCUUCACUCAAUCAGCACAUCCACCCCAUGUCAAUCAAUUCAACUGGUGAUCCAAUGAGAUGUCAGCCUGCUCUGGCGCUUCAUGUCACUGAUUACCACAGUGUACAGUAGUACCACAGACUGGCUGUGGCUAUCAUAAACUGAAGACGGCACACAGGGGGGAGAUUGACUUUCCUUCAGAGAGGACGGUCAAGAAUACACUCAUCGUUCUUCUACAGUUAAAAAUCUGAUGCCUGAUUGUGGUCAAAGAUAGUCCUCCGAGUCAGAGAGUCUAUCCCAGCUGAAAGUGUCAUAUUUCUACUUUGCAACAAAAAACCAAAAAGAGGAAAAGUUGUAUUGGACUAAAGAACUACUGUACUGUCUUCUAAAGGAGCCUGCCUCUAUCUGUGCUGCUGGAAGUCUAAAGGACCAUCUCUCUCUGUGUGUCUGUGUCCCUCCAGAGAUGCCGUAGAGGUUGUGGGUGGUCUGUAUGAUCAGGUGGAUGAGCUGGUUCACAGGCUGGUGAUGCUGUCCAACCAACGCACUCAGGAACUGGACUUUAUCAUGGAGUUCAAGAGUCUGGAGCAGGGAUUCAAGGAGGUGAGAGUGGCUGGGUGUUAGGGCUUGGGCUGGGGCUAGGGCUGGGGGAUAGGGCUAAGGAUGGGGUAGAGGGAUGGGGCUGGGGCUGGGGCUGGGUGUUAGGGCUUGGGCUGGGGCUAGGGCUGGGGUAUAGGGCUAAGGAUGGGGUAUAGGGAUGGGGCUGGGGCUGGGGCUAGUUAUCGGACAGGAACUGGAGUUUAUCAUGGAGUUCAAGAGUCUGGAGCAGGGAUUCAAGGAGGUGAGAGGGGCUGGGUGUUAGGGCUUGGGCUGGGGCUAGGGUAUAGGGCUAAGGAUGGGGUAUAGGGAUGGGGCUGGGGCUGGGGCUAGUUAUCGGACAGGAACUGGAGUUUAUCAUGGAGUUCAAGAGUCUGGAGCAGGGAUUCAAGGAGGUGAGAGGGGUUGGGUGUUAGGGCUUGGGCUGGGGCUAGGGCUGGGGCAUAGGGCUAAGGAUGGGGUAUAGGGAUGGGGUAUUGGGCUAAGGAUGGGGUAUAGGGAUGGGGCUGGGGCUGGGGCUAGUUAUCGGACAGGAACUGGACUUUAUCAUGGAGUUCAAGAGUCUGGAGCAGGGAUUCAAGGAGGUGAGAGGGGUUGGGUGUUAGGGCUUGGGCUGGGGCUAGGGCUGGGGUAUAGGGCUAAGGAUGGGGUAUAGGGAUGGGGUAUUGGGCUAAGGAUGGGGUAUAGGGAUGGGGCUGGGGCUGGGGCUAGUUAUCGGACAGGAACUGGACUUUAUCAUGGAGUUCAAGAGUCUGGAGCAGGGAUUCAAGGAGGUGAGAGGGGCUGGGUGUUAGGGCUUGGGCUGGGGCUAGGGUAUAGGGCUAAGGAUGGGGUAUAGGGAUGGGGCUGGGGCUGGGGCUAGUUAUCGGACAGGAACUGGAGUUUAUCAUGGAGUUCUAGAGUCUGGAGCAGGGAUUCAAGGAGGUGAGAGGGGUUGGGUGUUAGGGCUGGGUUGUAGGUGUUAGGGCUGGUGUUAGGGCUGGGUGUUGGGGGCUGGGUGUUAGGGCUGGGUGUGGUGUUGGGUGGGUGUUAGGGCGGGUGUUAGGGUAGGUGUUAGGGCUGGGUGUUAGGGCUGGGUGUUAGGGCUGGGUGCUAGGUGUUAGGGCUAGGUGUUAGGGCUGGGUGUUAGGGCUGGGGUGUUAGGGCUAGGUGUUAGGGCUAGGUGUUAGGGGGUGUAGGGCUGGGUGUUAGGGCUGGGUGUUAGGGCUGGGUUUGGUAGGGCUGGGUGGGGUUAGGGCUGGGGUGUAGGGCGUGUGGGUGGUUGGGCUGGGUGUAGGGCUGGGGUUUGAGGGCUGGGUGUUAGGGCUGGGUGGUUAGGGCUGGGUGUUAGGGUGUAGGUGUUGGGCUGGGGCUAGGUGGUUAGGGUGGGUGUUAGGGGCUGGGGUGUUAGGGCAGGGUGUGGUUAGGGUGGGUGUUAGGGCUGGGUGUAGGGCUUGGUGUUAGGGCUGGGUGUUAGGGCUAGGGUGUUAGGGCUGGGUGUUAGGGCUGGGUGUUAGGGCUGGUGUGGGUGGGCUGGGUGUUAGGGCUAGGUGUUGGGGCAGUGUUUGGGGCGUAGGUUUAGGUGGCUGGGUGUUAGGGCUGGGUGUUAGGGCUGGGUGUUAGGGCUGGGUGUUCGAUUAGGGCUGGUGUUAGGGCUGGGUGUUAGGGCUAUGGUGUUAGGGCUGGGUGUUAGGGCUAGGUGUGUUAGGGCUGGGUGUUAGGGGCUGGGUGUUAGGGCUGGUGUUAGGUGUUAGGGCUGGGUGUUAGGGGUAGGUGUGUUUAGGGCGUGGGUUGUUAGGGAGCUGGGGUGUUAGGGCUGGGUGUUGAGGCUGGGGUUGGUGUUAGGGUGGUUUUAGGGGGUGUAGGGGUGUGUAGGGCUGGGGUGUUAGGUGGGUGUUAGGGCUGGGUGCUGGGUGUUAGGGCUGGGUGUUAGGGCUGAGGUUUAGGGCUGGGGUUAGGCUGGUGUUAGGGCUGGUGUUGAGGGCUGGGUGUUGUUAGGGCUGGGUGUUAGGGCUAGGUGUUAGGGACUGGUGGGGUUAGGCUGGGGUGCUGGUGUUAGGGCUGGGUGUAGGGCUGGGUUGUUAGGGCUAGGGUGUUAGGGCUAGGUGUUAGGGCUGGGUGGUUAGGCUGGGUGUUAGGGCUAGGUGGUAGGGUAGGUUGUUAGGGCUGGGUGUAGGGCGGUAGGGCGGGUUAGGGAUGGUGUUUUAGGGCUGGGUGUUAGGGCUGGUGUUGGGCUGGGUGUUAGGGCUGGUUGUUAGGGCUGGUGUUAGGGGGGUGGUAGGGCUAGGGGUUGGGCUAGGUGUUAGGGCGGGUGUUGGGCUGGGUGUUUAGGGCUGGUGUUAGGGCUGGUGUUAGGGCUGGGUGUUAGGGCUGGGGGGUUAGGGCUAGGUGUUAGGGCUGGUGUUAGGGCUGGGUGUUGGGGGUUGGGUGGGUGUUAGGGUGGGUGUUAGGUGCUAGGUGUUGUAGGGCUGGGUGUUAGGUGGGCUGGGUGGUGUUAGGGCUGGGUGUUAGGGCUGGGUGUUAGGGCUGGGUGUUGUGGAGGGCUAGGUGUUAGGGCUGGUGUUAGGGCUGGGGUGGGUAGGGGCUGGGGUGUUGGGAUGGGUGUUAGGGGGUGGGUGUUAGGGCUGGGUGUUAGGGCUGGGUGUUAGGGCAGGUGUUAGGGCUGGGUGUUAGGGCUGGGUUGUUAGGGCUAGGUGUUAGGGCUGGGUGUUAGGGGUGUUAGGUGUUAGGGCUGGGUGUUAGGGCUGGGUGUGGCUAGGUGUUAGGGCUGGGUGUUGGGCGGGUGGUUAGGGCUGGGUUAGGGCUGGGUGUUAGGGGAGGUGUUAGGGCUGGGUGUUUGGGUUGGGGGUAGGUGUUAGGGCUGGGUGUUAGGGCUAGGGGGGGCUAGGUGUUAGGGCGGGUGUUAGGGUAGGUGUUAGGGUGGUGUUAGGGCUGGGUGUUUAGGGCUGGGUGUUAGGGCUGGGUGUUAGGGGCGGGUUAGGGAUGGGGGGUAGGCUGGGGUUAGGGCUGGGGUGGUUUGGGUGAGGAGGUGGGGUGGGUGUUAGGGGUGGGUGUUAGGGUGGGUUUGGGGCUGGGUGUGGGUGUGUAGGGCGGGUGUUGGGUGGGUGUGGGAUGGUUGUUAGGGCUAGGUGUUAGGGCUAGGUGUUAGGGCUGGGUGUUGGGCUGGGUGUGUGGGUGGGGUGGUGUUAGGGCUGGGUUGUUAGGGCUGGGUGUUGGGGCUGGGUUUAGGGCUGGGUUGGGUAGUAGGGCUGGGUGUUAGGGCUGUGGUGUUGGGGCUGGGUGUUAGGGGGGGCUAGGUGUUAGGGCUGGGUUGUUAGGGCUGGGUGUUGGGCUAGUGUGUGUGAGGGUGGGUUAGGCUGGGUGUUAGGGAGGGUGUUAGGGCUGGGUGUUUAGGGCUGGGUCUGGGUGUUUGGGCUGGUUUUUGGGAUGGUGUUAGGGCUAGGUGUUAGGGCUAGGUGUUGGUGGGUGUUAGGCGGGGGUUAGGGCUAGGUGUUAGGGCUAGGUGUUAGGGCUGGGUGUCUGGGCUAGGGCUGUGUUAGGGUGGGUGUUAGGGCUGGGGUGUUAGGGCUGGGUGUUAGGGGCUAGGUGUUAGGGCUGGGGGCUAGGGCUAGGUGUUAGGGCUGGGUGUUAGGGCUGGGUGUUAGGGCUAGGUGUUAGGGCUAGGUGUUAGGGCUGGGUGGGUAGGGCUGGGUGUGGGCUGGGGGUUAGGGCUGGGGGAGGAGGGCUGGGUGUUAGGGCUGGGUGUUGGGCUGGGUGUUAGGGCUGGGGUGUUAGGGGCUGGGUGUUUAGGCUGGGUGUUAGGCUGGGUGUUAGGGCUGGGUGUUAGGGGUGGGUGUUAGGCUAGGUGUUAGGGCUGGGUGUUAGGGCUGGGUGUUUGGGCUGGGUGUUAGGGGGGUGUUAGGGGCUGGGUGGUAGGGGGCUGGGUGGUAGGAGGCUGGGUGUUACGGGCUGGGUGUUAGGGGGGCUGGGGUGGGUCUGGAGUGGUGGGGCUGGGUGUUAUGGCUGGGUUGUGGUUAGGGAGCUGGGUGUUGGGGGGGCUGGUGGGGGUGUUGGGGCUGGGUGUUAGGGCAUAGGUGGUUAGAGGGCUAGGUGUUAAGUGGGCUGGGUGUUAGGGCUAGGUGUUAGUGGGGCCUUGGGUGGAUUAGGGGGAUCUGGGUGUUUGGGGGCUGGGGUGUGUUAGGGUUGGGGUGUUAGGGUCUGGGGUGUUUAGGGUCUGGGUGUAUAGGGGUGGGUGGAUUAGUGCUAAUGGUGUUAGGCCUUGGGUGUUAGGGGUCGGUUUUUUAUGGUGCUAGGGGUGAUAGGGCCUGGGUGUUUAGGUGACUGGGGUGUUAUGGGUCUUGUUGUUGUUAGGGCUGGGGUUUGGUAGGGCUAAGGUGUUAUGGGCUGGGUGUUAGGGCUGGGUGUUAGGGCUGGGUGUUAGGGCUGGGACUCGGUGUCGGGCAGGAACUGGAUUUCCUUUUCUUUUUUUUCUUUUUUUUAUAAACUGGAGUUUAUCAUGGAGUUCAGGAGCCUGGAGCAGGGAUUCAAGGAGGUACUGUACAUAACAGCUUAUAACUCAGCUAUGAUGCAUUAUAGCAGAGUUUUCCACACUAGGGGUCCUGAUAUGAACAUGGGGUCACGAGAAAAACCAAAAAAAUCGCGUUUGGUUCAUAGAAGUAACCUCCGGUAGCCGCUAGAUGCGGUUAUAAUAAACAGAGCGAUUUCUGUUUUCUGCCUACAAAUGUGGCUCUAUCUUUUCAACCGUUUAAAGAUGCACUAUGCAGAAAUCACUCCGCCAUUUUCUUGUUGCUAAAAUUCUAAUAGUUUGCCUAAUUUCAGUUUAUUUUACAAAACAAGGAAGUAUAAUGUAGAGAAUCAUUGUACCAUCUAAACCGCUGUGAAAUAUAUUUUCCAUAACCAAAAAUAUUGUAUUUUCAACUGUUUGAAGCUGGUGUACAAAAUCCAAAAGUAAAAGACCAAAUGAAUGUCCACAAGCCACGCAGGACUCAUUAGAACCGAGAGGACAAGACCAGGCACUAAAUCAGACAUAUUUUCUACACUGGAGAUCAUUCAACAUAAUCUCCUGAGUGGCGCAGUGGUCUA